AUGGCUGGACCAUUCCUAUCACCUCUUCCUGGAGACCUUCUCUCAGAGUAUAUGUUCGGACGUCGAAGACAGCGCCGUAACAGAACUACCUUCACCCCCCAGCAGCUUCAAGAGCUGGAGUCCCUAUUCCAGAAGACGCAUUAUCCCGACGUCUUCCUGAGGGAAGAGGUCGCCCUCAGGAUCAACCUGUCAGAGGCUCGUGUCCAGGUGUGGUUCCAGAACAGAAGGGCCAAGUGGAGGAAGCAGGCGCGUCUUCAACUGCUUCAGGACGCUUGGAGGAUCCGCUGUCUGGGACUGUCCUCUCCUCCACUUCUUCUAGGUAGAGGUCCCACCAUGCCGCCUGGGAGUGACGCUAGCGCCCCUGACGGGAGAGGUGUGAAGUUAUCGCCGCCUCCGCCCGCCGCCCCCAGCCAAGAGCCACUCAACUACCGCAUCAUGCCGCCUCCACCGCCUCAACCAUGUCUACCACCACAGAGUGGGGCAAUGUGUCCGUGUACUAACACACAGCCAGCCGUCUCACAUACGCACGCACACUCACAUCCAGAGAGUAUAUCCCUAAGGGGGUGUAGUCCAGGGGAUGGUUCCCCUCCUCGACCCCCUCUCCCCCACACCCCGGACCAGACACAGGGGACAGACCUCUCUCUGAAAAGGACCUCGGACAUUUCCUAGAAACAUCACCUGGAAGAUGUAGCUGUAGAACGUGCAAUAAGUUUUUUUUCUUUUUUUUUAAUAAGUAUUUAAGCCAACCUUUUUUACUGUAUUGUUUGUUGAUC